AUGGAUUUUACUCCAACCACUAUUUCCGAUCAAUGCGCAGAGAUAGUCAAAAUUGUGAAUGUGAUCUAUGGCCGCUUGGCUCGAGUGGUCGCCCUGAAAUUGGAGCUGAAAGAGACAUCCGUUGAUUUCCACGGCAUAUUUAUACAGGCCGACGACCAAAAUGAUUAUAUCGAAGGGCUGUGUCGAGGCUCCCUCCAUUUUGUCUCGUGUUUAAUAUCCAGGGCAUGGCACGAACAGAUCGAGAACUUGCCGGUAGUUGAAAUGGCUCAUCUGCAUUUGUGCAACGCCCUGGAGCCAUUCUAUCAAAUCCAAUGUGAUGUGCGCAGACUGCUGGCCUUUCUUUCAAUCAGGCAACAGAAUGCCGUGUCUACAAAGGCGGGUAUCGCUGCAAAGGUGCGUGCCCAGGACGCUCGAGUCGACCGCAUUGAAACCGACCUAGACUGGGCAAUGGUUCUUCAACAGCACCUUCACCUGAUGAAGACGCGAUGGAUUUCGGGUGCAAGAGGCAGACGACGUGACCCUUUGAUACAACGCAAUGCCAGAGACAGGAGUGGACGCGUGCGUCAUUUCUUUGGGAGGUGGGUAUCAGGACAAGGACUUUCCGAGAAUCAAUGA